AUGGACGAAAACAACGGAAUUGAAGCCGCACCGGAAGCUUCAGCACCAGCUCCAGCACCGGCUUCACCAACGACCGCGAACGUCGACGAUGCGAAGAGAAAGACGACAAACAAGAAGAAGAGAAAGACAAAAAAGGAUGACUUUUUGCGUUUGCACGAGUCACCAGAGGACGAUUACGGCGCGGUGCAACUGAAGAAAAAAGCAGAAGUAAAAGAAAACAACUUUGACGAUGAUGAUGGUGAGGAUGACACGACCGUCAUCGCCUCGGAUUCCGAGUUGGACGACGCGCUGAACAAAGAAGAAGAAGAGAUGAAGAAAGAAGACGACGACGACAACAAAACGGAGGAGGAUUCGGAAAUACAGUCGACGAAAACGAGAACGAUUUCCACGCGAGAGUUGAUCGUGAAGAGGAAAGAAAACGUGGAAGCGCUUAUGCGCGUGUACGAGCAAACGUAUUACGAUUUGAUCGAAACGAUGAGGAAGAGACACAGGAAGUUUCAGUUGAAACACGGGCACGUGGGGUUGAAGUCGGCGGCGACGGCGCUGGCAAACGCGAGAGGCUUAAAAGCAGGUAAAGACGACGGAGAAAAUACUAUCGUCGACGGAGAACAACAACAACAACAACACGAAGGAGGCGACCACGAGCGGGAACAAAACGGAACGAGGACGACGUGUUCGUCGGAAACGUGCGAGAAAAACGCGAUGCCGUUUUCGAGAUUUUGUUUCGAACACGUGAGUCUGGACGCCAAGCAAAGAUUUUACGAAGUGAUUGAUGGUAAAUUGGAAUGGAGAGUAAACGAAAAGUUUAUGAUGAACGCGCAAAAACCGUCGUCGACUUCUGAGGACGAUGAUGGCUGCGGCGCGAACGAAACUCCGGGGAAAGGCAACGACGCGAAAGAGGAAAACGACGACGCGGUUCCAGAGCCGGCGACGGAUCCAAAACCUCUCAAAGAAAUGUCACCGGGUCCGCCGGGCGGAGGUGUCAAUCCAAACGCGAGCACAUCCCCAGGUGGAGCUGAUAUGUCCUUAGCCGCAUCUUUAGGUUUACUUUAA